GAGCAAUAAAAAAAUAACCUUGUAAGCAUGCAAUGAAAAGCAAUGCCAAGAGAUAUAAAAUAUAUUUCUCAUUCUAAUGUUGCCAUAAGGUAUUAGUAAAUAGAGUGCUUCAGAAAUAUGAUUUCAACUUUCCUCAGGGUAAAGCUUCUCCUGGUGCUUAACAAAAAAUAUUGUGUUUGAGGACAUCAUUAUGUGCAUUUCUUUCUUUUAGAUCAGGUCCCAGAUAUAUUUCUAGUUCAUAAGACAUGAGAAAAACUGCAAAACCUGUGUAAUCAAGAUCAGCCUACAUGUAAGGGAAUGUAUUUCUAUGCUUGUUUUAAAAUAACUGACACAAAAUGUGUUGAAUAUUUAAGAUACUUUUAUCUACCAGCAAGUAAUUUUUAAUUCAGUAUAUAAAAAAGAUCAGAUGAUUUUUUUUCCUCUGCAAUUUGCCUAGUAACAACUCAGGAACAAACACCAAGCUCUGAAACCUGCAGUCACAUCUUCCUGUGACAGUGUUACUUCAGUCACAUAAGAUCAGUAGCAUCAGAGGAAGUAUUGUUUUAAAGAUGCAGCUAAGACUGGAUUAAAUAAAUGCUUCUGAGGAACAUCUUACAGUAAUAUUUUAAUAGCUUACAUAUACAGGCAAUAUGUAGAAACAGUGGACCAGAGUAGAUGGAAAGAUGAAAUGUGGAUGAAAGGCUCUGGCGCCAUCCAGUGUAUUAAAAAGCGCUGAGCCUGUUAUGAACGCUACAAAAGACCGUUCCAUGCUGCCAUCAAAAAAAAAAAAAAAACAUGGUGUGUAGGCUAUUGCAAAAAAUAUGGAUCACUUGACAUAAACGACAAACAAACAUGUUAUCAGUUAUAGACUGAAUACAAUUAUUAUGAACAAAUACAUAGGCCUACAUACCAGUGCCAUCCAUUUAUUUUACUGUCUAUGAUGCCAUCGUGUGUGUGAUGGAAAGUCCGACUCAUUUCAGCUGAUCGGUUCUUUUGAACAAUUUCACAGAACCGGUUCGCUGAUUCAUUUUAUGUUGUACGUGUCUACGUAAUCACGUUUCCGAGAUAGCGCAGGCGGACUUAUGUAGGCACAAAUCGCUGUUUAUAAAUUUUUUUUUGUUUUAUUUUCAAGAAUGUUUGUUGUUCCUAAGCCCAAAUUCAGUCGCAUCAAUGAUUUAGUUCCGAAACAUAGAUUCGUCUUCUUGUCUACAAAACUGUACAAAAUUGCUUUGUCUGAUAAAACAUAUUCAUGCAAUCACGUGAUACAAAUAUUUCUACGUUUUAUUUUUCACAUUUUGGAAAUUAAUCUAUUAGGGUUCUUGGCUCAUUACAAGCAGGACGAUUGAAGUUAUUCAGUCUCAUUCAUAAAUGAAUCAUUCAACCGCCCAAACGGUUUUGUGGAGUCAUUAAAAAGAUUCGACUAAAAAGAAUCAGAUUUCUUGAGUGUAGUGGGCGUUGUAAUCUGUGUAAACAGAGCGUGUAUUAGGCUAUUCAAGCACAAGAAAAAACAACGGCGUAUAUGCAUUCCGCUUUUCAUGACUUCUUGGUUUUUAUUCUUUUUUUGAUGCCAGGUUCUCUGGAUAUGGGCUAAAUGUUAUGAAAGCUGUCGAUACAUAACUAUAUAAAAUGGGUUCGACGAACUCCACCCUGUUAAAAAUACCUAACGUCGAGGUGCUGAUGCAAGAGACGGGCUUCUCGCCUGCCCACAUUAUUCGCCUCCAUGAUCGCUUCAAAGCUCUGGAUAAAGAAGGACGAGGUCAUCUCUGUCCCCAGGAUUUUGGAGCCAUAAAGGAGUUGGCAAUGAACCCCAUAGGAGACAGAAUAAUAGGUGCAUUCUUCUCCCCAGGGAAGGAAACGGUGGACUUCGACACUUUUGUGAAGAUCCUGGCUCAUUUCCGGCCCGUUGACAAGGACCGACCCAAAGAGCUCAAUUCUCCUGAGCCCAUCAAUAGCAGGAGCAACAAACUCAGAUUUGCAUUUCAGUUGUAUGACCAAGACAAAGAUGGCAAGAUUUCCAGAGAUGAGCUUUUACAGGUUCUCCGGGCCAUGCUGGGGAUGCAGGUGACAGAGGAGCAGCUGGAGAGCGUAGCAGACCGCACUAUACAGGAAGCAGAUCUAGAUCGUGAUGACGCAAUCUCUUUUGAGGAGUUUCGUAAGUCUCUGGAGAAGAUCAACAUUGACAAUUUGAUGAGCAUUCGCUUCUUGCGCUAGAGCAUCAUGGGAAAGCUUGUACAUCAACCUUAUACGCAUCUAUCUCCGAGCCUCAGAAAACGGAAGGGUGUCUGAAAUGCCCAGGACAGUAUGAUGGGAUCAAUGUUUGUCUGUCUAAAAUGAAUUUAAUACACUGGUAGUGUCUGCAUAUAAACUGCACACUGACAAAUAAUAUAAAGUUUACCGAAGUAGUGUUGGGUCAGUAAAAUCUUACCGACCCCUGUAGAUUUUUGCAUUCUGUUUCUUGAUAUUGAAUACAUUUUAAAGAAUUGAUUAGUUAAUUUUGUAGAUAAUUCUAACUAGCUGGAAAGCAUUUGUAAUAAUGUUCAGAAUGCAUAGUGUUGAAUUGUUAUAUAUCCCUAUAUAUGGGGGAAAAGGUUUUGUUUUCCUCUCUGUGAAGUGUGACAAUCUCAAGAUAGGAUUUCCCAAGGUUUAUUAGAUGUAUACACUUUCAUCUCAGUAGAGAUUUUGUAGCAUCUUGGUUGCAUGAUGCUUUCCAUACAUUUUGUUUAUGUAUGUAAAUUUAUCCUGAAUCCUGAUAGAAACUGAUUUUUUUUCUGUCAUUUACGUCUCAAAAAAUGUGUUAUUCUUUCAGUGCAGGUAUGCUUCAUGCAAUUUUACCUACAAGUGAGAAGAAAGGCUACCUCACCUGACUGCACUUAUGCAUGCUGUACCAAAACCACUAAAAAAGCUUUUUUCAUCUUUAUAUGAAAUGCAAGUGAAUGAUAUUAAAUCAUUUUGCACAAUA